GUUGGUGGUGUAAAAAUGUAGGCAAUGGAUGGGUUUGGAGUGGCCAAAGUUGUGGAUUCAGGGCAUCCGAAAUUUCAGAAAGGAGACUUAGUUUGGGGAAUAGUUGCAUGGGAAGAAUACAGUGUGAUUAAGAAUCCUGACAGCUUUUUCAAAAUCCAUCAUACUGAUGUUCCCUUGUCCUACUAUACUGGACUUCUUGGUAUGCCUGGAAUGACGGCUUGGGUGGGUCUCCAUAAAAUAGCCGCUCCUAAGAAAGGAGAAUAUGUGUACAUUUCUGGAGCAUCAGGUGCUGUUGGUCAGCUUGUUGGGCAGUUUGCUAAGUUACUGGGCUGCUAUGUUGUUGGAAGUGCUGGAAGUAAAGAAAAGGUUGAAAAUUUGAAGAAUAAGUUGGGAUUUGAUGACGCUUUCAACUAUAAGGAGGAAAAAGACUUGGAUGCAGCUUUGAAAAGGUGCUUUCCUGAUGGCAUUGACAUUUACUUCGAAAACGUCGGGGGGAAAAUGCUGGAUGCAGUGCUUCUAAACAUGAGACUUAAUAGUCGAAUUGUGGUAUGUGGAAUGAGCGCAGAGCACAAUCUCAAAGAGCCUGAAGGUGUUCAGAAUCUGAGAUUAAUCGUUCAUAAAAGGAUUCGGAUGCAAGGAUUCGUGGUCUUCGAUUAUUUUCCUCAAUACUCAGAGUUUUUGGAUGAUGUGCUGCCUCUGAUCCGAGAAGGGAGGAUUGUUUAUCAUGAAGACAUUUCUGAAGGCCUUGAAAAUGCUCCUGCUGCUGUUGCAGGCCUGGAAAAUGUUUGGAAACAAGUAGUUUUAGUUUCCAGGGAGUAAUCUUAUUCAAGCCUUCUGUAAAUUGUAUCAUUUUUGUUUCCCAGCUUUGUGUUUUAUUCCACUUCUAAUAAUAAUAAUAAUUUGUAUCCA